AUGCCCCUUUUCUCCAUCACCCGGGCAUCCCACACUGGCGAAUCGCUUGCGCUUAGCCUCAAACCCAAGGUCUACGGGGAAAUCUCCCUUGGCUGCGCAAUCUCCCUCCUCCUGGGAUUGCAAAAUCAAGUCCUCCGGCUUGAGCGGGAACUUGAGGAACAAAAGGAAGCCACAAAGGAAGCCCAAGACUGGAUGGGAGCAGUCAAUCAAGCCCUUGCUUGCGUUGAGGCUAGGGGUGGAGCCCCACAUACACCAGAAGACCAGAAACCCCCGGCAGUUGAGGCCACGCCCAGGCCCUUACCCAAAACCAACCCUUUUCCAGCGCCUACCAACUCCCGUCCGGGCUCCCCUGCAAGUCCAUACUCCCCUCCACCUUUGCCUAUCUGGCUCUGCUUGCCCCAAGUCCCAGCAGCCCCUAUAGCUGCUUAUCAAACCCCAGUCAAGGUGGACCACCCUGACGCCUACACUGGGAAGAUUGGGAACAAAGCCCAACAAUGGCUCACCAGGAUGCUGGCAUGGGUCUGCCUCAACCAGCGGAUGUUCCCCACGGAUCAGGAGACGCUGUCUUUUCUCCUGAUGAAUAUGAAGGACGUAGCAGGGGCUUGGGCUCAUCCCCACCUUGAUCAACUUGGGUCCCACAGGGCCCUAAUUCAAACAGUUGAUGACUUUAGAAUGGAGUUUUUGGCCGCAUUUGGGAAUCCAGAUGCCACGCAAGCCGCCAAGCGGCAAAUUACCCACCUUACUCAGACAGGUACCUGUGCUGAGUACAUCACAAAGUUCAGGACCAUUGCUAUGGACCUGGACUGGAACAACGCCGCCCUACGCGGGCAAUUUGCACGUGGCCUUCACUGGGAGGUCAGCCGCCUCAUUGCCACCCGUGAGCGGCGCCCCACCACUCUCCUUGAGCUGCAGAAUGCGGCUCUGGUCAUUGAUAACGCCCUCCGCAAGGAGCGCGCCAGCCACCCACUGAAGGGUAAUAAGUCUGGCACUACCUCCACUACCCCCAAUAGGGGGGCAAGUACCAGCCAACAGGCCACAAGACCAGGGCGCCUUUCCAGCAAUCCCAACUUUGUCUCCAAGGAGGAGCGGAACCGCCGCAGGGCUGAAGGCCUCUGCAUCAAGUGCGGAAAAACUGGCCACAAGUUUGCGGAAUGCCGCACCGGCUGGAAGGCCGCACCUAAGGAAGAAGGUGUUAAAAAGGAAGCCGCCAAAAUUGGUGAAGAGUCUGGACCCAAAUUGGGAAAAGACUAA